CAAAUAUUCGUUAACAAAAAACCAACGACAAAAAAAAUUUCAUUGUAUUAAUAUUUUUUUCAUCAACUAGUGUCAAAUUUCAAUGUCGGACCUUACCCUCUAUUUCACUCACAUUCAAUGUUUCUCACUCUCAUAUGCGAUGCAUUUAAAAAACGAACGAGUCGAAGAGAAAUAGCAACCUAUAAUUCUUAGGAUGGUACCUCCCUCAAUAAUAGGCGCGUAGCAAACCCAAACGUGUGACUAAUAAACAAGAAAUACAGUAGUGAUAACAAAAUGGUUCUCGCAGAUUUAGGACGUAAAAUAACAUCUGCACUUCGAUCCCUUAGCAAUGCAACUGUCAUUAACGAAGAAGUUUUAAAUUCUAUGCUAAAGGAGAUAUGCGCGGCAUUACUUGAAGCAGAUGUUAAUAUUAGGCUUGUCAAAAAAUUAAGAGAGAAUGUACGUCUUGUAAUUGAUUUUGAUGAUAUGGCUGGUGGUCUUAACAAAAGGAGAAUGAUACAGAGUGCUGUAUUUAAAGAACUUGUAAAGCUUAUCGAUCCUGGAGUGAAAGCUUAUCAGCCGAUCAAAGGAAGACCAAACAUAAUCAUGUUCGUUGGUUUACAAGGUUCAGGAAAAACAACUACUUGUACGAAGCUUGCUUAUCAUUAUUUAAAAAAAAAUUGGAAGGCUUGUUUAGUUUGUGCCGAUACUUUUCGUGCUGGUGCGUACGAUCAAAUAAAACAAAAUGCAACAAAAGCAAGAAUUCCAUUUUACGGAAGUUAUACCGAAGUAGAUCCAGUUACAAUAGCACAAGACGGCGUUGAAAUGUUUAAAAAGGAAGGUUACGAGAUCAUUAUCGUUGAUACAAGUGGUAGGCACAAACAAGAAGAAUCUUUGUUCGAAGAAAUGCUUCAGGUUGCGAAUGCAAUUCAACCAGACAAUAUAAUUUUUGUAAUGGAUGCAACAAUAGGUCAAGCUUGCGAAGCUCAAGCAAAAGCCUUUAAGGAACGUGUUAACGUCGGUUCUAUUAUUAUUACAAAACUUGACGGACACGCAAAAGGUGGAGGUGCUCUUUCAGCGGUUGCUGCAACACAAAGUCCAGUAAUCUUUGUAGGUACAGGAGAACAUAUAGAUGACCUAGAACCUUUUAAAACAAAACCUUUUAUCAGUAAAUUAUUGGGUAUGGGCGAUAUCGAAGGACUUAUAGACAAAGUCAAUGAAUUAAAUCUCGAUGAUAACGAAGAAUUACUCGAGAAAAUCAAACAUGGUCAAUUUACUUUAAGGGAUAUGUAUGAACAAUUUCAGAACGUUAUGAAAAUGGGACCAUUUUCUCAACUAAUGGCAAGUCUUAUUUUUUUUGCUUCUCUUUUUUAUUCGUUA